UUAACAUAGAAAGGGAGUUUUGUCAUUUAGCCUGACAGUCUAAACUCAGGGCAAAGUGGAGCCCUUUCAAUAGCGUCACUAACACGCGACGCACGGCACGUUUCACACACAUGCACGCACACACACGCGUACACCGUCACAUAUCUGCAUGUUUAUGAGCGGAUAGUUUGUAACAUGGCGUCUAAACGACGACAGGGCGAGAGCAGCAAGACUGAGAAGAAGAAACAGAAGAAGACCUGCGAGGAGACGGCUGAACUUUGCUCAUGUGUCGGAGACGAGGAGGUGAAGAGGGCUGUGAAGGAGGCGUGGAGCCAGAGGAGUCACUACAGACAGGGAGAUCUGGAGCUGGACUGCCAUCCUUUCCCUCACUGCAUCAUCAGAAACUUCCUCGGCAGCAAUGCCUUCGUGGAGAACCUGCAGAGAGAACUGCUGGGGCUCAACUUUCACGAGAAGUCCAACGAUCUGUACAAAUUUAAACAGUCAGACGACUUGAAGAAGAGAACUGAGCCACACAUCGCAGGACUGAGGGCAGCGUUGUUUGGUCCUUUCCGUUCCUGGCUCGGGGGGGUGUUGGGAGUUGAACUGGAGCCCACAGUGGAUAUUUCAUGUGCCAGAUAUGAAUACACAGAUGUUCUUUUGUGUCAUGAUGAUGAGUUGGAGGGGAGACGCGUUGCUUUCAUUCUGUACCUCGUGCCUCCAUGGCAGAGCAGUGAUGGGGGAACCCUCGACCUUUACUCAACAGACAGUAACUUUCAACCACAGAGUAUAGUGAAGUCAAUCGUACCCUCUUCGAACACGCUCGUCCUUUUUGAAGUUUCUCCAGUUUCCUUUCACCAAGUGUCAGAGGUUUUGACAGAAGACAAGAGUCGUCUGUCUCUGGGCGGCUGGUUUCACGGGGCGUCUUUGGAACGUCCUCCUCGAUACAUAGAGGCCCCCAUCCCACGGAGCCCACACUUGCCGAGAGAUGAAACACUGCUGCUGGAGUGGGUCAAUCCAGUGUACCUGGACAUAUCCUAUCAAGAGCAGAUUCAGGAGGAGUUUGAGGACAGCUCUGAAAUUCAGCUCAAAGAUUUUCUUAAGGAGGAGAAGUUCAGGGAGGUGAGUGAAGCACUGCGACUCACUCAGAUUCAGUGGACGAAGAGAGGGCCGCCCAACAAGAGAUGCUAUGAAGUAGCUUCUCUGGAUACCCUGCCGCUGUGUGUGAGUGCCUGUUGGGAGCUGCUGCGUUCAGAGGCUUUCUUCCUGCUUCUCUCCAAUUUCACAGGCCUUCGAUUGCACUACCUGUGUCCUGCUGAUGAUGACGACGAUGAGGAUAAAGAUGAAGGGAAAGAGAAGGAGAAGGAGGAGGACAGCGCCACAGGUUCUUCGACGGAAGCACAAUCAGCAGAUACAAGCAGAGAGAAAGAGCUGAGCACACCUGUAUGUUGUGGUGAACUGCGUCGAUGGUGUCAUGGCGGCUACACUCUGUUGCAUGAUGCAGAAGCAGCACGGGCAGAGUACGCUCUGGACCUUGUUUUGCCUUUUUGUGGUGCGGACUGGCAGUCAGAGUUUGGAGGCUUCACGUGUUAUGUUGCCAAUGAAGAAGACGAGGAGCUUCUGACAGUGCAUCCAGAGGACAAUUCCCUCGCCCUCGUCUACAGAGACAAAGAGACCCUCAAAUUUGUCAAACACGUCAACCACAAAAGCUCAUCUGAUUCUGCUACCUGCAGAGCACUGUAUGACUUCUCUUUUGUGUACUAUGAAUAAAUAUAUAUAGUAAAA